AAUGGGAGUAUGUUCAAAUAAGAGUAAAGGGUUGAAAUACUAAGAAGAUGUACUUAAUUAUACCAAAUAGAUUAGUAAUAUUUACAUUUAUUGGAUAUUGAAAAUCCUGUCAAUGUGAAUCAGAAAUAUGCCAAUCAUUUCACUCUAAUUCAAAAUUAAUUUACUGGUAAAGGCAUUAGACGCACUAAUAAAUACACUACCAAUUUAUCAAGGAAUGAGUGGGAAAUGAUGCAGAAUUAAUUUUGGGGUAGAGUAAUAAAGUCAUAUAAAGAUAGUUAUAAGGAUUCAAAAUAUUGGUCAACCAUACGCAAGGCUCUGUCAUAAGAUGAUGAAAGUAUGUCUCAUCUUUACAAUUUAGAAUCCUCUAUUGCCAUAUUGACAUUUUGCAAAUUAAAACUGAUUGGUAACACAAUCCAAUUAUUAAUUACAGAUAGUAUAAAUAUUUUUAAUCAAGAACAAGUAUUUUAAGUUCCAGUAUUUAUUAUUAAUGAACCAAUAUCUUGGAACAAAGAACCCUUAGUUCUGAAUUUUGAAAUAUCUUAGCUGCAAGUAAUCUUUAAAGAUAUUUAGGUGAGGAUACGUAGUAGUAAGCUCCCUAAGGAUUUUUUAAUCUAAACAGAGAGCACAUCAACCGUUCUUGAAAUCAAAUAGAAGAUUUUGGAAGCAGCCAAAGAAAAAACCUGCAGAUUAUAUUUGAAUGGUAGAGAGUUGGCAGAUCAAAAUUACUUGGGAAAUUAUAAUAUUACUUCAGGAACAGUACUAAAAAUAAAUAAGUUAGAUAAUACAGGCUUUUUUGUGAUUAUAUAUUUAAAAAUGGUUGGUAUUAUUUUAUAUUAUGCAUAAACAAAAAGCCUAGAUUCUGUUCAAAUGUCAUCAACAACACGAGAAACCUGAAUAUGAAGAAGCCACUUUUACAAUUGCUAAAAUUAUCGAAAUCAAUAAAUCCACAACAAUUAUCGAAUUAAUUUUAGAGAAUUGCAAGUUCACAUUGGAUUGUGACUUUGGCAUCUAAAUAUCAUCGUAUUUUACCCUUAUUAAUCUAGAUUAUAAUCAUUGAUAUACUUAGGUUUGAAUAACUGCAAUCUAGUUUCUUUGCAAUAUAUUCCAAAAAUUGAAUCAUUGAAGCGAUUGACUUUAGACUAUAAUUUUAUUCACAAUUCUGAACUAAUCCACUUAAAAUAUUACCAAGACAAGCUCUUGUCCUUAUCCAUUAUGCAAAACCAACUAGAUUUCUCAGAUUAAUAAUUAUUGCGAGAAUUCUAUUUAUUUGAGAAAUUAAUUCAAUUAUCAAUUGCAGGGAAUUUUAAAGAUAUAACUGAAUAAGACAGCAUAAUGAUAAGAAAUGAGAUAUUUAAAAAUAUGAAAAACCUUGUAUUUUUAGAUACAAUUGCCAAAGGGGAAUGUAAGGAUUUAUACUCAUACUUUAGAUCUUUCGACUUCUUUGCCAAAUUAAUUUAAUGAUUAAAAAUAGGAACAAGAUUAUUUAUCAAGAAUAGACGUUGUUGACUGGAAACCUGAAAAAGAAUACUAGGAUGUUGAUCAAUGA